AUGCUCACCAAAGUCUUUCGCCUUGACCCUGAUGACCGCCCGCCGCUGAAGGCGGUUUGUCUCAAGGGUGCCAAGGUGGCCAUGAUCAAGACUCAUGUUUCGAACGAUGCCGGACCGGGCACACGGGGCGCAUGGGAGAAAGCGGGAGCGUUGCUAGAGGGCGCCGGGGCCGUUGUCGAAGAUGUCGAGCUGCCCGAGGUGUUCAAAAGAUGCCAUGAGUGGCAAGAUAUAAUCGUGUCAUCCGAGGUCCGAGUGGCCUUUCUGUCCAGUACGUGGCCCCUCGCGGCCCCCCCUCGUAGCCGCAUGGUGCUCGUGCGGGUAGUGCUGCGCGGCGUCGGCAUGGUCCAACAGUCGACCUAA